ACGUGCAGCUGGCCCUUUAAGAAAAUUUGCGUCAUUGUUUGGGGGACGUAACCCGGAACACUUCUGUUAUUUCAUCAGGCGACAACAUGCUCUGUGUGGCUCUGGACUGACUCUGACAUGACAGUAGUUUGGGAUUUAUGAAGUCCCUUUUUAACAUUGCAGUAAAACGGUUUAACAUCAGAGGAGCUCACAGUUCAGCAGCAGCGCAGACUCUCAGAGGAGACAUGUGUAAAGAGCUGAAGACUAAAGUGCUGCGGCUACUGCCGCCGACCUCCAAUGGCCCGUCUCUUCACCAGGAGGACCAAACAGGCGCUGCUGGAAUCCUGAGUUGCACAGUGAAGGCUCUGAAGGAAGGUAAUGUAGUCGCCGUCCCCACUGACACCAUCUACGGCUUGGCGUGUCUGGCCCAAAACUCCAAAGCCAUCCGAAAAACCUACGACAUCAAAGGGAGGAAUGGACAGAAGCCGCUGGCCAUCUGUGUGGGCGAGAUCCAGGAUAUCUAUAAGUACUGUAAGGUGACGGUGAAGGAAACUCUGUUAGAGAACCUGCUGCCGGGUCCCGUCACUCUGGUGUUUGAAAGAUCUGAAGCUCUGAACAAAGAUCUUAACCCCUUCACUUCACUUGUAGGCGUCCGUAUCCCUGAUCACUCCUUCAUGAGACGCCUCUGUCAGAUGUGUGGGGAACCACUCGCUCUCACCAGCGCCAACAUCAGCUCACAAACCAGCACUGUGGCCGUGCAUGAGUUCCAGGAGCUCUGGCCAAGGCUGGCCGUGGUGGUGGACGGAGGACCAAUUGGAGACCAGAGCCGGCUCGGAUCAACAGUGGUCGACCUCUCAGUACUCGGCAAACACCGCAUCAUCAGACCUGGAUGUGCCCUUUCCUCUACGGUUGAUGUGCUGGAGCACCAAUAUGGACUGUCAGAGGACCCGGGGGAAGCAUGACGUUUGAACUCUGCACACUCCACAACACAUGUUGAGACGCACAACACGCUCUGACCCUGGACUUCCUUAGAGAGGACGAGUCUUUAUUUUCAUGCACACAAGGAAGGAGUUCCUCCCUGGAAAGAAGACAACUCAGGAAAAGCUGGUUGUGGGUGGGUGGUAGUGGCUUUGAGAUCUGAACUCUCUUCUUUAUUUCCUGCCUUUGACAUCUCCAGCCGAUGUCUGUCAAUUAUUUCUUAAGACACAUUUAACAAGUUCAGUUACACGGUUUGGGAACGUUAUCUUUUUUCUAUAGUCAAAGAAUACGGCUUAUGUGGAAUGAAAAUGGCUUGAGUUUUUAUUUUGAUAUAUCUCUAUAAGGAUAUGGGUUAUUGGCACAUAUUCCAUGGCCUGAAUCAGUCAGUUUGAUACUUUAAGGGCAAACUUGAUUGAUUAUAUAUCAUAUAUUGCCAUUUAUUUAAAUAUAAACCCCUUGUUUUUAUGUUAUAUAAGUCACACAGACAUGUUACGGUUAUGUUGUGGCUUAGUGUAUGGUCAGAUGGAAUGUACUAACUAUAGUAUGUCAAAGUAUAGACAAAAUGUCAUCCAGCUGCAUGUUUUAGACUUCUGAUUUUUUCUAAAUUUUCAUCCCCUGAUGUAAAGUAAUUGUUUGAAUGGACAGCACUGGCACAGCCACAAUAAAAGAUGUACUGUUGUUUUUUUUA